UUCUUGAUAAGGCGUUUGAACGAGCUUCCCAAAGAAAUGAAAUAUUAUGUCCUUGAAAAAGUUGUGCUAAUUGUAAUUGACAUAAUCGAAUUGUGGUAGAGAAUCACUUGGUUUCUUAUGGGUUUGUCCAAGGGUAGACCAAAUGGAUUUUUCACGGGGAAGGGUUUUCCUCAAGAAAUAAUCCACAUCCAAGCAAUGAUGAAGAAGGUUCCAACAUGCAUGAUAUUGAUGGACUACUUCAUGAUACUUUUAAAGAUGUUGAGGGUGAGUUGAGGCAUGAAGGAGUGAGAGAGGGACCAUCUAAAGAUGUAAAAAGAUUUUUUAAAUUAGUGGAGGAAGGGAAACAAGAGUUAUAUCCGGGGUGUGAGAAUUUCUCUAAAUUGAGUUUCACCAUUGCAUUGUACUUGUUCAAGUGCAUUCAUGGAUUGAGUAAUGUGGCCUUUGGAGACUUGUUAGAUUUGUUAAAAGAGGCAUUCCCAUUUGCUCAGCUACCCGAGUCUUUCCACAAGGCGAAAAAAGUAAUAAAAGAUUUGGGUCUUCAUUAUGAAAAAAUACAUGCAUGCCCUAAUGACUACAUGCUAUUUUGGAAUGACAAUGUAGAGGCAAAUAAUUGCUCUAUGUGUGGCUCUUCUAGGUGGAAGGUUGUUACUGAUAACUUGACUAAUGCAAAGUCAAAAACUCCUGCAAAGGUUUUAAGGUACUUUCCAUUAAAGCCUAGGCUUCAACGGAUAUUCAUGUGUCCUGAAACAGCUGCAGCUAUGAGAUGGAAUGCUACUGAAUGACCCAAUGAUGGGAAUAUAAGGCAUGCUGCUGAUGGGGAAACUUGGAAGGAUUUUGAUUCCUUGCACAAAGACUUCGCUAGAGAUCCUCGCAAUGUUAGAUUGGAUCUUUCAAGUGAUGGUUUCAACCCGUUUCGAACCAUGAGCAUCUCCCAUAGCAUAUGGCCUGUUAUGUUAAUGAACUAUAAUUUAUCACCGGGGAUUUGCAUGAAGUCGGAGUAUAUAAUAUUGUCUAUGAUCAUUCCAGGUCCAUCAUCCCCAGGACAAGAUAUUGUUGUGUACCUACAACCACUUAUUGCUGAAUUGAAGGAACUGUGGGAAACUGGGAUGGAAACAUAUGAUGCGGAUUCUAACCAAACAUUUCAAUUGCGUGCAGCCUUAUUGUGGACAGUUAGUGAUUUUCCAGCCUUAGCAAUGCUUUCUGGAUGGAGCACCAAGGGAAGAAAGGCAUGCCCAACUUGCAAUCAUAACACAUGCUCUCAAUAUCUCAAACAUAGUCGUAAGAUGAGUUACAUGGGUCAUAGGGCAUUUUUGCCUCUUGAUCAUCCAUUCCGAAGAGAUAAGAAAUCCUUUGCUGGUAAGGAGGAUCAUAGAUCUACACCUACUCCCUUGUCGGGCACAGAAGUGUUGGAGGAACUGCACAAAUUCAAUAAUGUGUUUUGAAAGGACCAAAAGAAACGACAUCGGGUUAUUGAGGGUCUAUGGAAGAAAAGGUCCAUCUUUUUUGAAUUGCCAUAUUGGGCACAUAACAAAAUGAGGCACAAUCUUGAUAUGAUGCACAUAGAGAAAAAUGUUUGUGAUAGUUUGGUUGGGACUUUGUUGGAUUUAGCUGGAAAGUCAAAGGACCAUGUAAAUUCUCGCUAUGACUUGCAAGAAAUGGGGAUACGAAAAGAGCUUCAACCAUUAGAUAAUAAUGGAAAAGUUUAUUUGGCUAAAGCUUGUUUGUCCAUGAAACCAGAAGAGAAGAAGUUUUUUUGCACUGUUUUAAAAAAUACCAAAUUACCAAAAGGUUGUGUCUCAAAUAUAUCACGAUGUGUGGAAGUGGAUGAGAUGAAAAUAUUAGGAUACAAGAGUCAUGAUGCUCAUUUUAUAAUGCAUUACUUGCUCCAGGUUGUUGUUAGAAAAAUGUUGCCCAAGAAUGUUUCUAUGGCCUUGAUUAGAUUGGGGAACUUCUUUAGAGCCAUAUGUAGCAAGGUUAUAAGGCCAAGAGAUCUCGAUAAAAUACAAGCUGAGAUCGAUGAAAUUGUUUGCGACCUUGAAAAGAUUUUUCCUCCAAGUUUUUUUUUUGAUAUAAUGGUACAUUUGCCCAUCCAUUUAGUAAAUAAAAUUAAGCUUGGGGGUCCGACACAUCUUCGUUGGAUGUAUUCCACUGAAAGAAACUUAGGUAAGUUUAAGGGGUUUGUUCGUAAUCGAUCUAAUCCAGAAGGGUCAAUAGCGGAGGGGUUUUUAGCCGAAGAGUGCUUGAAUUUUUCUUCGAGAUACCUACAUGAUGGAGUGAAAACAAUAUUUAGUCGGUAUCAAUCAGAGGUUGAUGAGGGAAUUGAAAAAGAGGGAAAUAAUUUGCCAUCUAUAUUCCCUAAGACCGGCCAUCCAAUUGGAAGUGGGGAAAAAAAAGAAAAACAAGAAUUUUGACAUGCAUUUACAGUUAUGUUCCGAAACACAUCGAUAUGUUUUGUUCAAUACUGGAGAUGAACAAGUGGAGAACAUUAUCAAGGAACAUAAGAGCUUAAUUGAUAAUCAUAGUAGAUCAAAUGCAUGGGUAAGAGUACAGAGUCAUAGUCAGGAAUUCGCCGACUGGUUUAAAAAGAAAGUUAAAACCAUUGAAGUGCCCAAUCACUUAAUACAGCUAGCUAAAGGGCCAAAUACGGCAGCAAAACGAUAUACUGCAUAUUUCAUCAACGGAUAUCAAUUUCAUACAAUGAAGCGGGAUAGCAGAUGCAAGACUCAGAAUUAUGGAGUGACAUUGUCCGCAACGACGGAUAGUUUUGCUAGUGCUAGAGGCCAAAAUCCCAUCGAUGGAGAGGUUGUCUAUUAUGGAUCUAUUAAGGAUAUCAUUGAGAUUGAUUAUUGGAUUUGCUUUAGUGUUGUAUUAUUUGAAUGUGAUUGGUUUCAUAAUGAAAUAGAUGAAUAUGGGUUAACUCGGGUAUACUUCAAUAAAUUAUGUAGUACUGAAGACCCCUUUGUACUAGCAUCUCAAGUGCAUCAAGUUUUUAUGUGGAGGAUCCAAUUGAGAAAGAUGUUUAUUAUGCAAGGAACAAAGUCCCCGUUGAUUUGUAUGAUUUGGAGGAAGAGAAUUGCGCUAAUAUUGAAGACACAUUUUGGAGGGAGCCCGAUGAUAACAUUGGUUCAUCAAAUAGAUUAUCCGAUGUUGAUCUCAUAUGGUCAAGAGAAGACGUACCUGGUGAUGUCAUUGAUAUGCCAUCUCAUGUACAAGAUUCAGAAGAUAUGGAAACAUCAGAAGAAGAGGAUGACUUUGAUGAUACCAAUUGGGAUUGGAUGGUGGCUGAUGAUUGAAGAAGGGACUUUCCAGCUUUUUUUUUUAAAUAUAUACAAAUAUGGAAACUUUAGAAUAUUUCUCUGUUACAUUUUCUUUUUUGUACCAUCGUUUUGAAAGAAACUGGAAAAGAAUGUGGAUCUUGCCACAUUGAUUAUUUUGUA